AUGUGGCCGUUUCUGUGUCAGGUGGCCAGACUUCAGUGGCCUUCGAGCCACCUAUUUGAGUCAGUUCCGAUUCCAAAUUGCACGCAUCUGGAGCAAUACACUCGGGAUGGCGACUACGUGCUCAUCCGGCGCAGGAACGUUGCUUUGCCGGAAGAUUACGCAGCAACUCCGCCAGAAGACGGCUACACCAUGCACCCUUUCUCUCCUCUACUCCGAAAAUUUGGCUUCAAGGGAGGAUUCGAAGGUGCAAACUGCCUGGUGUACCUGCCAGCUUAUAAGGUCGCCUGCUGGGGAAUUUCCACGCACGACGCGAAUGCCUUGGCACAUGAUUUCGAGAAUUUGCUGACGGAUGCGGCCUUGGCACAUGAUUAUGAGAAAUCGCUGACAGAUGCGGUUGGUGGGGCGUGGGACCAGUUUGCGGAAGAACUCCUCAGGGAAAUCCCACUUUUUCUGUGGGUAUACACAGACAUACAAUGUCUGGCGGCUUGCUCCAUUCUCUUGCGAGAUCUUGUAUACCAAAAGAAUUACUGGUCCGACAAGCACAUCAGGCUGGAUGUCCCUGAGCUUUGCCGCGACGGAGCACGCGCGCGCCGGGCACUGCACCGUUUUCGUCAAGCCAGGACUAUCACCCUGGACAUUCCGCAGCUUGCUUGGGCGGAGCGUGUGCCUCAUCACUGCCUUGCUACAUGGAGAGCACAUCAACUCAGGCUGCCUGGCGAUGAGGUCCAGGGGUGGGAGUCAUCGCACCCUCUUUUUGGAGCAGCUAGAUACUCUUUGACUUUACCUUCAAACGCCAGAACUGUGUACUUUGGCGUGAAGAGUGUUGCAUCCGAUCAGAGAGCCUACGUGAUGGUGGAAAACCCACACGACACGGACUCCGAGAUUUACGCUGGCCUGACAGGCAGUUCGCCUGUACGUCUUCCUGAUUCCAAAGCUCACAAACUGCUCAUGCCGCCAGGAACACCCAAUGUAGUUCUUCUACGAUGGAAUGCACGCAGCAUGCAGCUGGAUGUGAACGGCAAGCUCCUUUGUCGGGCAUGGCUGCAUGCCGAAGCAGAGAACGCGCCGGCGCCGUUCUCAUUCAUUUUUGUAUGGAUUUUCUUGCGGCAAGAAAGAACACAGCAGCGGCCUGUCUUGCUGCCCAUGCUGACUCCAGUGGCGUCUGACGUGCAGCCAAGGCGCUUUACCUGCGGGUCGAACAAGCGCCGUGCAAUUGUGCAGGUGGGCGAUUUGUCCUAUGUGCAGGAACUGGAUGUGUGCCUCGCACAGGAGUUUCUACAAUGGAUGCGGCAGCAAGCGUGGUGGCAGCAGGAACCUCCGCAGCCGGUGCUGCUAACUCCUCAGCCAACUCGUCCCAAUGCUGCACUUUUGCAAGAGCUGCUAUUGAAUCAUGAGGCAGCAGAAGAACAGUCCGAUGAUGACAGCAGUAUUUCGGAUGACAUUCAGACUGUCAGGACUAACCUUGCCUCGCGGUUUCUUGCAGUAUCCUCUGACGCUGAAAACGCAGACAGCGUUGGAGGUGCGAAUGUGCUUAGUCAAGCACAACGCAAGCGUUUGUCGGAAUCUAGGCUGGAAGCUGUGCGAAGGAAAGGCAGAAGAAUCGCCUGCAUGGAAGGCCAGCUGCCAGUACUGCUUCAUGCCAGUGAAGUUGAGGUGCCAGCAACCCCUGCUGCGCUGGACCUCACACAGGUGAUCGAUGCCAUGAUGAGCGGCCCUCGCUGGUAUGGCGUGUCCGGAGCUGGUGGAACUUUACGAUCUAUGGACUGA